UGGACCUCUAGACUUUCUGUCUUGGAGAGGCAUGUUGAUCCAAUCUUCACUUUCAUGUCUGCAGGACAUCCCAGAAGAUCAACUGUUACUUUGUCGUCCAGAUUAAGGCAAAUUCAACCAAAAUAUCAGAGAUCUCCCAAAAUGGUGGUGGUUAACCAGUGGUUAAUUCUUUUUGUCUACAUCUGCACGUUUCUGGUGGGACUUCCAUCCAAUAUUUUAGCCAUGUCCACGCUGUUUAAGAAACUUGGCGACAAACCCAAUCCGACAGAUGUUCUUCUCUUCAACUUGGUGGUUUCUGACCUCAUCUUCUUGUUUUUCUUGCCCCUCAAGAUGUAUGAAGCUGUGAUGGGCAUGAGAUGGUACUUAUCAAAGACCUUAUGUUCAAUGACCGCCUAUGUGUUUUUUACCACAAUUUACUCCAGCUCCCUGCUACUCAUGGCCAUUGCCGUGGACCGCUAUUUUGCAGUGGUCUUUCCUAUCAAGUACAGAAAUAAUCGCAAGCCGGUGUACGCCAUGGCCGGCAGCGUUCUCAUCUGGCUCAUCGCUGGUUCAAACCUGAGCUUAGUCAUUUAUGUGGUUCAGAUGCCUGAGCCAAACGGCACCGCUCCCAGACCGGUCUGCUAUGAUAACUUCACAGAGGAACAGAAAAGGGUUUUGAUGCCAUUCCGACUUGAGCUUUUUACGCUUCUGUACCUCGUCCCGCUCCUGAUUUGUCUCUUCUGUUACGCUAGCUGUAUCUACUUCCUGUACACCAGACCCCUUAUGUCCAAAGACAAAAAGCAGAGAGCCAUUGGCAUGGCAUUCGGCACAUUGAGUAUUUUUCUGGUGUGUUUUUUACCGUACAACGUCUCUCAUCUGAUCACCUACAGUACCAACACGAGUCCAUCGUGGAGAGCCUACGCGCUCCUGAUGUGCACUCUCAACACCUCUUUGGAUCCCAUCGUUUUUUACUUUUCUUCUUCAACUUUUCGUGAUAAAAACAGUUUUUCUGUUCUCAAUAUGUUGCAUAUCGGACUUCAGAAAGUUAAAGAUAAAGCAACUGAGAUGAACAUCAUAUCACCUUGAUCGUGUUUGGCAUUAGAAGAAUUCAUCACAUCACCACAGUUGCAUGUUUGGGUGGCUUUAAGGGUUUGGGAAAGUGCACAGUUUCUUUAGUUAAUGUGCUUUUAUUCUUCUAAUGACUAAAAAAUAUGAUCUUAAAAGUAGUAUUUCUAGUUUUUCAUUUGCUAUUUUGGAUUUGCUUACCAUAGCUAUCAAUGGCAAGAAAAGUCUCAUCUUGCAUAUCAUGGGUCUUAUGUAAAAGAUGAAAUGAACUGUAUUGUGUUUAUUCUUUAAAGUCAUCUUAAUCUCAAAUCUAUUAUAAUUUAGAUGAUUUACACAUCUACACCCCAUCCAGAACUGAGUGGCGUCUUGUAGUUUCUUCACAAAA